CAGGGCUGAAGAGGGGAGGGAAGGAAGCCAUCCGUUAUCUGCGCAACUCUACAAGGGAGGAGGUGUAAAAAGCCUUGUGUGAGGUUGUACCAGACCUCUAAGCUGCUCCAACUCCGGAGGCCUCAGGAAUCCAGGCACAGGGGUGCCUUUUCCAAGGUCAGAAGUCCCGAACAGCCCCUUUGUCUCCCAGGCAUCAACCCCAUGGAGCCCUACCGGUCCCUGGCUCUGCUGGCUGGGUCUCUGGGCUUGAUUUCCUGCCUGGUUGCUGUCAGCACCGAUUUCUGGUUCGUAGCUCUAGGACCCACCUUCUCAGCCCACUCAGGCCUCUGGCCCUCGAGGUUCCACGACCCAGUAGCAGCCUACAUUCAUGUGACUCAGAGUUUCUGCAUUCUGGCGGCCCUCUGGGGCCUGGUGUCCCUGGGCUUUCUGAUCUUGUCCUGCAUCCCUGCCUUGUCCGCUCCAGGCCGAGGUCCUCUGGUGGCCACCAUCACAGCCUUUGCCGCAGCGCUGUUCCUGAUCGUGGCCAUGGCCGUUUACACCAGUGAGCGAUCGAAACAGCUUCCACAUCCCCAAAUUCAGACUUUCUUCUCCUGGUCAUUCUACCUGGGCUGGGUCUCAGCCAUCUUGUGGCUGUGUACAGGUUCCCUGAGUCUGUGCGCUCACUGUGGCGCCCCUCGACCUGGCUACGAAACCAUGUGAAAGGAAGACAAAAAAGAAAUAAAGCGAGUUUGGGGCACUGUGUUGAGACGUUGGGAGCUACAGGAAACGAACGUUUGAUUCUGCCUCAGCCUUUCCCUCCUGGCCCUCGCCCUUCAACUAUUUCUUUACUUUCAAUAAAAAUUCUGCUGAAA